GGUCCAAGAAAGCCUCAAAAAAUCUUGAAAUAAGCUGACGAUGAGCCGGCCCGGGACGCUGAUGAUCUGUACCCCCGACUGGACUCAAUGCUUGCUCCCCUUUGGAACGAAACUCCUCUUAUAAGGUCCAAUUACAUAUCAAGAAAGUUGGGAUGCAACGUAUAUUUGAAACUCGAGAACCUCCAUCCAUCACAUUCUUUCAAGUACAGGGGAUUAUCUCUCUUCAUUCAAAGAGCAAAAGAGAUGCAUGGUCCAUCUGUCCAUCUCAUCGUGGCAUCUGGAGGAAACGCGGGCUUGGCUGGUGCCUGUGCAGCAAAUGUACUUGGCCUUCGUUGUACAGUCUACGUGCCCGAAGGUGUUGCAGAGCGAACUCUAGAUCUCUUCGAGGGAGAAAACGCAGAGACAGUAGUGGUUGGAAAGAUGUAUGCUGAAGCACUGGCUGCUGCUCAGAAAGCAAUAGAAGCAGAAGAGAAUGCGGUGAUGAUUCCAGCAUAUGAUGAUCCAACGGUCUGGGAAGGACACGGAUCGCUGGUCUCCGAGAUAUCAAGGCAGCUGACCUCGAAACCGGACGCGAUCUUUUGUAGUGUCGGUGGGGGUGGACUGCUAGGAGGUAUCAUUGUUGGCUGCAAAGAGGCUGGCUGGGAUGACGUGCCCGUCAUUGCAUUAGAGACCGGAGGAUCAAAUUGUUUCCAUUACUCCAUAGCAUUGAACCGUCAAUCCUCCGGAGAUUUUGCCAAAGUUCUUCCGCCCCAUGUGACUAUCGUCGAGGACAAGACGGAAAGUAUCGCGUUGGCCCAUUUCAGUGAAUUCUCCUCGAUGGCAUCUGGUUCGUUGGGAGCAUCCCAGCCUGCAGCCAAGGUAGUAAAGAUGGCGCUGACAAGAGAGGGAGGAAUAACUUGCGUCACUGUACCGGAUGAAUUGAGCAUGCAAGCCUCCUGUUUGUUCACGCGCGAUCAUAAACUUCUGGUAGAGCUGGCUUGUGCUACCACCCUUACCCCUGCAUACAGUCCCGCUUUGUUCGACAGACUUGUAUCAGGGCAAGCAAACUCGAUGCAGGAAAGGACGGUCGUGUUCGUUGUCUGUGGCGGGUUCAAGGUUUCCCAUGAUGACAUAGAGAUUUAUAGGAAAUUGGUUGAGAAGGACAUAGCUGGAGGCUGGGAGGUAUCAAUUAACGAAGGAGAGAAGUUGAUAAUUGAGAAAAAUGUAUGAGGAGCGUGUAUUUUGACUGCAGCGACAAUAACAUACAGGACAGAUGGGUCCGUGCAAACUAGGAAUCAUUAUUACUUCUUGCUCGAGCAGCAGCAAUCCGGUCAGCCUUGAUUUGGGCUAGUUGCUCUCGUAAAACUUUUUGCUCGGUAGGGAUUUCCUGCUGUACAGUUGGAGGAAACAGCUUGUCCUUGUAUGGAAGAACAUUAUUUCUAUACCAAGCCGGGUCUCCAAAGUGAACGAGAGCCCAUAUUGGCACGAAGAGAUAGACGGAAAACUUGAAUAUUUCGAGAUUUGGGCCUGCCAUGGUGGUGGCGGCUGUGAAAGUGCUUGGCG